AUUUGGAACGUACCUUCAAUGGCAGACUUGUCAUGUUGAUUCCAAGAUUUCUUAAUUUAUUAGCCAAAGUAAUGUGUUUUAUUACGCAUUCAUUACAUUAAACACCGGAUAAACACUUAAUGUUUGUACUAAUUGAAUAAAUACAUGUGAUUGUGAGUGAAAGUGGACUUACAGUGUUUAACCGCGGAAUAAAUAUAAGAAAAAUAUCGUUGCACUAAAGUAUCUUAGAAUCGAUAUAACUACGAAAAUAUUAUUCGCCUCACCGCGAAUUCAUUAUCGCUAUGUCAACAAAAUUAUGAGUUAACCGCUAAGAGCAGGAGUCACAAUGUCCCUCGAGCGUGACAGUAUGGGCGUAAUGCCCAACGCAGGUGUGGGGGCCUCCGACCCCCGAUCUCAGCUGCACCAGGAGAUGAGGGAGCAGAACUUUGAUCUCAUCAGAUUUGCAUCUUACCGAACCGCUUGCAAACUCCGUUAUGUCCAGAAGAAGUGUAACUUACACGUAAUAGACAUAUGGAACGUAAUAGAAGCGUUCAGAGAGAAUGCUCUGAACACUCUUGAGCCCAACGCCUGUGUGAAUGUCACUCGGCUGGAGACGCUGGUGUCCUCGCUGUACCAUAAUUUGAACAAGCGGUUGCCGCCAGCGCAUCAGGUGUCAGUGGAAGCAUGUUCAGCAUUGCUGCUGAAUUGGUUGCUGUCUGCUUACAGCACUGGUGAGAAUGUUGGCAAAAUAAGGGUGUUCUCAAUAAAAGUCGCGUUGGCUACGAUGUGUGCAGGAAAGCUAAUGGAUAAAUUACGAUAUAUCUUCUCGCAACUAUCUGACGGCAACGGCCACCUAUUGAUGAAGAGGCUAUCUGACUACCUAAGAGAAGUGCUGGCUUUGCCGGCAGCCGUGUACGAAUCCCCGUCGUUCAGCUAUGACGAUUCGUUGGCGCUGUCUAUAUUCAACCAGAACGGCAAGAUAACAGUGAACGAUUUCCUGGACACAUUGAUGUCGGAUCCCGGUCCGCCUUGUCUCGUGUGGCUGCCUUUGCUCCAUCGGCUUGCUAGUGUUGAAAAUGUGGUCCACCCGCUAGCCUGCUCCGCGUGUCGUCUAAGCUCCCUAACUGGUUUCCGCUACCGCUGCGCGCGCUGUGCCAACUACACACUUUGUCAGGACUGCUUCUGGCGCGGCAGAGUCUCCCAGGGCCACACCAACGAGCACGAGGUCAAGGAAUACUCGCACUAUAAAUCUCCAUCAAAGCAAAUCGGAGCAACGCUGCGCAAGUCAUUCCGAUGUGUGCCCGAACGGGCUCGAACCCAGGUCCCGCGCUACCCUGACCGCCCUGAACGCACACUCAACCUCAGUCAUAUCGUACCCCCCUCUCCCGUACCCGCUCACAAUGGUUUUCCCGAAUACGCGCCGGGGUACGUCAACACGGGGUCAUUGGACUCCCGAUCGUCCAGGUCUACUCAUCGCAGCAUAGCAGAGCACUUGUCGCGUGGGGUAGACGACGAGCACAGACUCAUCGCGAGAUACGCUGCGCGAUUGGCGCAUGAAAAUCGCACUAUGCCGCGAGCGGGACGGUCAGCGUCGCUUACUCCAGAACUUGGUCGAUCAUCAUCAGAGGGAUCAGAGGUUGACGCGGCGAGGCAGCAGCGCGAACUGAUCUCGCAACUCGAAGCCAAGAAUAGAGAGAUCAUGAGGGAAAUCGCGAGGCUCAGACGUCAGCAGGAAGCGGAAGCCUCAGCCAGUGGAUCAGGCUCCGCCCCUCCAUUGGUUUCUGAACUUCGAGCCCUCCGGCAGAGGAAAGACGAGCUGGAAGGGCACUUGUCCUCGCUGCAGGAGUCCAGGAAACACCUCAUGCAGCAGCUCGAGGGGCUCAUGAGGAUGCUCAAGACGCAGCAGUCCUCGCCCCGCUCGACCCCCAACUCUUCACCCCGCUCUACCAAGAGCCCGCCUCUGCCGGGAUCCCAGCCACAACCUACGGCGCCUGAAAGGGAGACGAGCACCCGUGGGACGGUACGCAGCGCGCCGCAAACGCCAUCUCUCGGUGAGAGAGAACGCAUUGACAUGACGCACAGUCUUGGAGGCAUGGAAAGUAUGGGUGGCGACGGCAGGAACUAUCAUCAAAACCAAAGACCAACUAACAUGGGCAUAGACAACCGAAGCCUGCGGAGCGACCUACUGUACGCGGCGGACUCGGUCACCAAUGCCAUGUCGACGCUCGUUCGUGAACUCAACUCCGAGGGCUCCGAUACUGAAGACACUAUCAAGGGGGCCGUUGGACCGAGAAAGCAGAGAGAUUUUGAAGAGGAUGACGAUAGCGACGAACCGAUGCCGCGGCCGCAGCCGCCGCGUCACUACCUGCACGACAAUAAUGUGCAGAGCAUGGCAGCUAGUGUAGAGACACAAUCUUAAGUUUUUUGCCAGUCUAGUUCAGG